AUGGACGAUAUGGCGAGCCAUUACCAGGUGAUGGAGGAGCUGGGGAGUGGCAGUUUCGGUGUUGUUUACAAGGCAAUCGACAAAACCGACGGCGAGAUCGUUGCCAUUAAACACAUCGAUCUCGAGUCCAGCGAGGAUGAUAUUCAGGAGAUUCAGCAGGAAAUUUCCGUUUUGGCUACCUGCGCGAGCCCCUUUGUUACACAGUACAAGGCUAGUUUCCUCAAGGGCCACAAAUUAUGGAUCGUCAUGGAAUAUCUCGGGGGUGGUUCCUGUUUGGACUUGUUGAAACCAGGAUGUUUCAACGAAGCCCAUGUGGCCAUCGUCUGCCGCGAACUUCUUUUGGGCUUGGAUUAUUUGCAUAGCGAAGGCAAAAUCCAUCGCGAUGUCAAGGCAGCCAACGUUUUGCUGUCCCAGACCGGAAAGGUGAAGCUGGCCGACUUUGGUGUCGCCGCACAGCUCGUCAACAUCAAGUCACAACGCAACACAUUCGUCGGAACUCCGUUUUGGAUGGCGCCGGAAGUAAUCCAGCAGGCUGGAUACGAUUUCAAGGCCGACAUCUGGUCCUUGGGUAUUACAGCAAUCGAGAUGAUCAAUGGAGAACCCCCGCAUGCUAGCACCCACCCCAUGAAAGUGCUCUUCCUGAUCCCGAAAAACCCCGCCCCUCGCCUUGAAGGACACGAGUACAGCAAUACAUUCAAGGACUUUAUUGCACAAUGUCUGACAAAAGACCCGGAGCUGCGGCCGAGUGCAAAGGAGCUCCUGAGACACAAAUUCGUUCGGAAUGCGGGAAAGCCCGAGUCCCUCCAAGAACUGAUUCAUCGCAAGCAGGACUGGGAUGGUGGCCGUGGUGAGGCGAGAGAUGUGAAAUACUAUGCCGAGUCUCUCAACACCAUGACCAGGCCCGGUGAUCUCGACGAUGACGAUUGGGUAUUCGAUACGGUCAAGGCCCCUACCAUAUGGAAACCCAAGGGCACGGACUGGAUGAGAUUCGACGAGGGAGAUGAGAACAUACCCGAAACAGCGCAGAUGAUGGAAGAGAUGCAUAUCGGUCAACCACCCCCUCCGCCUAAACACCAGGCUAACUGCACAGUCCGCCGAGCUCCUACGGAUAGAUCUCCGUCUGUCAGGCGUGCCAACACGAAGCGCCGCUCUAGUGGUGUCAAACAGCCUCUCGGUAUUGACUUGACCUAUGGCAACAGCCCGUCUACAGUCAGGCAAUUCCGCCGAGUCUCAGACAAAGCCACCGCUGAUAUGAGCCCACAAAAGCAGGGCUUUGAUGAGAAUGCUAGUCCCAAGGCCAUGUCCACCGACUCUUCAAGCAAGGAGGCUCAGAUUGGGCGACGUGCAUACAGCAAAGCAGUAGGACUUUCAUGCCAGGAAGUCCUGUCUACCACGGGAGAUGGCGAUAAGCGUGAGGCUAUCUCUAGACUCGCCGAAGCAUGGAGUGACCUUGAAAUGGUUGAUCCUGAAGGCCUCUACCAUAUCGUGAGAAUCAUGAACGAGAAACUCCAAGCCGACUCACGGCUCUCUACACUUAUUCCGUCCACUCAGCCCGAUUCCCCCUCGCGGCCCCGUCUCGUCCUAGCCCAAAACAAUCCCCACCUUAAAAGCCAUCGGCGUCGUCAAUCCUACGUCCCCGACCCUCAGCCCCAAUCACCAACAUCCAGCGCUCCGCAAACUUCACCUGGUAUGGAACACACAAAACAACUUUCCGACGUCCUCUACCAGCGGUGGUCAGAAGGCCUCCGCAACCGCUGGGGCGGCAUAUAA